AUUUCUUUUGAAUGGACUUAUCGACUACAAUUGAAGAAAAGAAGCAGCGGCUUGAGGAAUUACGCCGUCUUCGUGAAAAGCGUCGCUCGAGAGUUCGAGGCGAUAUUGAUUCUGAAACGAUUGACAGCUUUGUUGAGCAGAUUUUAAAGAAUCAAAAUGAGCCUGCACAUACGCAACAGUCAAUUCAAGAAAAUGAAGAUGGAUACGCAGAAUCAAGAAUCGCACCUUCAGAUGCUCAAACCUCCCACAUCGAACGCUAUGAGAAGAGCGUUCAAACAAGCCUCGAGUUCACCUCGCCUGCCCCCCUCAUAGAAGAAAAAGAAGAACCAACCCCCGUCUCCCCUAUUCCCGAACCCCCUCGCACCCCUCCGAACACAAUCACCGCCAUCAAGAAAAAAAUCAACGUUCUGGACAACGCCGCCGGCCUCUCGCAGAUCAAAGAGAAUCUGGACGUCGCCACGAUUUGCUCUUCCGUGGGAAUCGUCGAACGCGCCUUGGGCCAAUUGGAAGCCUACGAUUUCAUGAACGAAUACAUCGACUCCCAGUCGCACUCUUCCAAAUCGCGGGAAUUGCUCACUCUCUCGCGGAGUUUCAUCGAUGAUUCGGUCUCGGAUCACCCGGUUACCUCCAUUCGGGUUUCCCCUUUCUCCAAAUCCAUCUUCCUCGUCACCUACGCCGCUUCUCCGGUUUCUCCGGUUUCCCCAGUUUCUCCAGUUUCCCCGACCGGGAGUUUCUUCGAGGGGUUCUGCGCGCUGUGGGACGCGCCGAUCCCCGAUCAUCCCUACCGCCUUCUCCGCUCCUCCGAGGGGAUAACCGCGGGACUCUUCCACCCGCAGGACCGAAACGUGCUGCUGGGCGGGCUGGCGAACGGGCACGUGGCGGUGUGGGACCUGUCCGCGGGGAGCGGCGCGCUGUCGCAGGCGUCGGGGAGUCUGGAGGGCAGCGCGCUGCGCCUGGUGGGACUGGAGUGGGUGGAGGCGGCGACGCUCAGCGGAGUGCUGGGCGUGUCGAGCGACGGGGUUUUGGGGCUGUGGGGACCCACCGCGGUGAUCGACCCCGUGGCGACCGUGAAUCUGAACAGCCUGGUUUUUGCACAUGCGAAACACGCUUAUUUUUUAGACGCUCAACGCGCAGUCCCUCGAGUUCCCUAUUUUACCCACCGCCAUUUCCCCCUUUUCCGCGGAACUGAGCGCCUUCUGGGUGGGCUGCGAGGACGGCUCCGUGUAUGUCGUCGCGCUCCGAGACAACGUGUUCUCAUUGGACGCACGACUUUCCUUCCACUCCGCACCGAUUUCAUCCAUUUCGCUCAGAACCGCGGUUACACAGACCCGCCACAAUGCCGAGUCUCCCGCGGUGAGAAACCUCCUCCUCACCGCCUCUUUUGA